UCCAAGUCCCCAGCUAGCCCACCAACAGCUAGGGCGCACCAGCCGAACGCAGCAAGAGCCCCCGCGCGAGAUGGCCGCCACGGUGGAGCGGCUGACGACGGAGCUGGUCGUCCCGGCGGAGGAGACGCCGGCGGGCGCCGUGUGGCUGUCCAACCUCGACCUGGCCGCGCGCCGCGGGUACACGCCGACGGUCUACUUCUACCGGGCGGACGGCAGGCCGGGGUUCUUCGAGGCCGACGCCGUCAGGGACAGCCUCGCCAGGGCGCUCGUGGCGUUCUACCCGCUGGCCGGCCGCCUCGGGCUCGACGGCGCCGGCCGCGUGCAGAUCGACUGCACCGGCGAGGGCGCGGUGUUCGUGACGGCGCGGUCCGAGCGCUACGCGCUGGACGACCUGCUCCCCGAGUUCGUGCCUUGCGACGCGAUGCGGGACAUGCUCGUGCCGGCCACGCCCGCGCCCAACCCGCCGUGCCCGCUGCUGUUCGCGCAGCUCACCCGGCUGCGCUGCGGCGGCGUCGUGCUCGGCCUGGCGCUGCACCACUCGGUCGUCGACGCCAGGAGCGCCGCGCACUUCGUCGAGACGUGGGCGAGCAUCGCCCGCGGCGACGCGGCGGCGCCCGUGCCGCCCUGCUUCGACCACAGGCUCCUCAGCGCGCGGCCCGCGCCCAGGGUGCUGUACGACCACCCGGAGUACAAGCCCGAGCCGGCGCCGUCGGCGGCGCUCUCGGCCGCCGCCGGGGCCGGGUCCGCCUACGCGAGCGCCAUCAUCACGCUGACCAAGGCGCAGGUGUCCGCGCUCAAGGCGCGGUGCGCGGGCGCGUCGACGUUCCGCGCCGUGGUGGCGCUGGUGUGGCAGUGCGCGUGCCGGGCGCGGGCGCUGCCCCACGACGCCGAGACGCGGCUCUUCUCCAUGAUCGACAUGCGCGCGCGCCUGGCGCCGCCGCUGCCGCCGGGCUACUUCGGCAACGCGGUGGUGCGCACGUCGGUCUCCGCCACGGCCGGGGAGGUGGUGUCGAGCCCCGUGGGGUACGCGGCGCGGCGCGCGCUCGCGGCGACGAGCCAGGGCGACGACUACGCGCGGUCGCUGGUGGACUACCUGGAGGGCGUGGACGCCAUGAACCUGCCCCGGAGCGGCAUCUCGCGGGCGCACCUCCGCGCCAUCAGCUGGAUGGGCAUGUCGCUCCACGACUCCGACUUCGGCUGGGGCGCGCCGGCGUUCAUGGGGCCGGCCCUCAUGUACUACGGCGGCUUCGUGUACGUGAUGCAGGCGCCCGGCAAGGACGGCGCCGUCGCGCUCGCGCUCUCGCUGGAGCCCGAGAGCAUGCCGGAGUUCAGGAAGGUGUUCGCCGAGGAGCUCGCCCGCCUCGAGAUCUAGAGGAGCAAUGUGGCACGUCCGCCACCGCGCACGAACGAUCGAUGCGUUGUCGUACGGUAACUGAUGACGCCGGCCAAGAGUAGGUUGGUGGGAAGCGUAAUCGGGUAUACUCAUGCAUGCAUGACAUAUACCACCACAUACAGUACCAUCCAUCCGGGUUAGAGUCGUUAGCAUAAGCUUAUGUCACAUCAUUACUUUUGCAUUGGCAUGAACUAAAGCUAUGUAAAUUGUAAUCUACCACGUGAAAAAUUAUUAGCAGUAAAUUAUACGUUGAUUAACAAAUCAACCCUGUGAAUCUAUAAAACCUAUAUAGUUGGUCCCCACUAGAGAUUUCUCUCAACAUGCAAGCUGUCCACCUCAGCAAUGCACUAUCACAUGCAAUUAAAACCCACUAUGUUUUUCGCC